UCCGCGGUGUACGGUACCGCGAGACAUUAUUCCGACGCGCACCGCCGCGAGUCCAUGUGAACGACCGAAAGUUCUCUCGUUGUGUACGGUGAACGAAGGAUCGGCAAGCUGUACGCGUCGCAGGAAGACGAUAUGUUGACGAUGGAGACGGAUCUAAAGGGCGGCAGCUUACAUGCCACAGUGCCGCCGCACCACGCGCUCCAGCACAAUUACGGAACGAUAGGCACACUCGGCGGCAUGAUGUCGCUGCCUCAGCAGCAGCCGCUUGGCCAGCAUCAUCAAAUGCAGCACCACCAACACCAGCCAUUGCCUCAGCAUCACACGCAGCCCCAGCAGCAACACCAUCAGCCCCCGAACAACAAUAAUAACAACUCCAGUAAGAACUCAAACGCAGAAAGGGUGAAACGCCCUAUGAACGCGUUCAUGGUGUGGUCGCGUGGGCAGCGCAGAAAGAUGGCCUCUGAUAAUCCCAAGAUGCACAACUCGGAAAUUUCAAAACGUUUAGGUGCUCAGUGGAAAGAUCUCUCAGAAUCUGAGAAGCGACCAUUCAUCGACGAAGCGAAGAGGCUUCGAGCUGUUCACAUGAAGGAACAUCCGGAUUAUAAGUACAGACCAAGAAGAAAAACUAAGACCCUCGCUAAAAAACAAGAAAAAUAUCCGUUGGGAGGUGGAGCGUUACUGGGAGCAGGUGAAGCUCAAAGAACAGCCGCGCCGUCGGCGCAGCAGCCACGAGAUGUGUAUCAGAUGGCGACAAACGGAUACAUGCCUAACGGAUACAUGAUGACUGACCCCAGUGCUUAUCAACAACAGGCAUAUGGGUAUCCGCGCUACGAUGUAUCUCAGAUGCAACAAGGCGGAUAUGGUAGCGGUUAUUAUGGUGGAGGACAAGGAUCGCCAUAUUUACCGCAACCACCAUCUCCUUCUGCAUACGGGCUGGGCCCCGGCUCACCGGGAGGCUACGCGCUGCCAGCUUCUUGCGCCUCACAUUCACCAAGCGGCUCGUCAGCCAAAUCGGAACCAGUGUCGCCCGGACCCCCAGGAUUGAAACGCGAGUACGUGUCUCAUGAGCCUCCAACGCAGUUGAAGCGAGAGUUCGGUGGCCACGGACACCUGCACUCGCAAACCCACCAGCACGAGCAGCUGGCUAUGAAGCGCGAGUACGGACAGCAAGACUUGAGCCACAUCAUCAACAUGUACCACGUACCCGACGAGCAGCGGUACGCGGCCGCCGGCGAACGCGCCAUGCCGCUCAUCUGAGAAUCGCCUUUCGCGUGCGACAUCGACAUUCCGCCGCUAUGAGCUGGUCGUGUCGGCGCGCUCCCUCAGUGACUUUGCUGCGAUUCGUUCGCUUAGGACAGUGAUCGUUAUCGGCGUACAUACUUCUAGGUAUGUUCUUUAUUUGUUUUGUAAUGUAUCGCGGGCUCGCCUGCCGCGCUGUUAAUGUUGUACGAGUACGAACUGUUGACGUCGGCGAGAUAUCGGCUCGCCACCGACGGCCAAACGUUCAAUUAAAUGUUGUUGAUGAAUAUCUUGUAUUAUAUUAUGAUUAUUGUAUUUUUUCAUGGUUUAAGUUAAAAUAUUUUAAGUUGUGUUGUGCGGACGAAAGAUAGCCUUAGCGUAAGGACGCGUGUGAGAUGACGAAGUGUACGAGGUUAUUUGAAUACCAAAAAAAAUUGAACAAUAUGUAAAUAUAGUGUUAAAAGCUAGAUUGAAGUUAAAGUUAGUUGAUAAAGCGUAGGUAGAUAGCGAUAAGACGUGCCACGACGACACUCGUACGCCCGUCGUGUAUUGUACAAAAUAUUUGUUAUAUGGUUAUGAUGCCACGAAAGACUAAAAAUAUUGUAAUACAAAAAUGUACAGUGAGUGUUAUAUAGUCAGUGGACACAAAGUAUAUUGAAGAGAAAAUGAAGUUAUCAAUAAACGACGCGUUAAAACUG